UUUCCUGAAACACCUGCACCUGCCUGCAGUGUACCCAUGGCCCCGGGAGGAAUGGAUGUGAGCUUUGUCACUGCGUUGGCUGUGCUGGCGGCUGCAGUGAGCAUUACAUCCCCAACUUUAUUUCCUGAGGCCUUCAACUGUUGCACGAAAAUCUCAGAAGAAAUUCCUAAAGGAAUUCUCCAAAGAGUGGAGAGAUUUGAAGUCCAGAAACAUGAUGGCCUGUGCCACCUACAUGCUGUUAUCCUCCAUAUAGAAGGCAGAAAGUUCUGUGUAAGCCCACGGAUUAAAAGACUUAAAAAAUGGAUGAAGAAGAAUAAACACAAGAUCCCCAGAAAAAGACAUCAUGGAAGAAAACAGAGAAGAACCAAAACAUUGAAAAAAAGAAGAGAAUAAACAGUAACAAGAAGCAAGCCCCAUAAUGAAGGUACCUGUGGCAUACAGAACUGUGAACAAAGUUACCAGACUGCAUCAAGGAUGGAUGAUUACACCAUUAAAAUGACCUUUCAAAUAUCUGUGUGCUAGACGAACCAUCACCUGUAAACAAGAAUAAUGUUGGGCCAACUACAAACAAAACAGCAAAAUGGUAUUCCUGAAAGUGUCUUGUAGCAAGUGCUCUGCUGUCCCUCCAAAUCUAUGGAUGCACUUAAAUCCUCCCCUCUCCAACUCUGUUUUCAUUGCUACCUCCCUUGAUUUUUACUUGACGUGCCAAUAUUCCUUCUCAGUGCUCCAUUCAUUUAAGCUCCUUUAUUGUCCCUACUGGCAUCUUUUUUUUUCUGCAAUACCUUUGUGCUGUUGCCUCUUUUGUUUCUACUCUUUCAGUCAUUAACUAUGAUUUUUUUUCUUAACUAGUCUUACAGAUACCUUUCCAGAUACUACUCUAUGAUGGCCUACACAUUCUUUGCCUAUUCCAAACACUUCCUGCUCUCAGCCAUUGUUAUCACUGGAAACACCAUCCAAAGCAAUGCAGUAAAGAUAAUCCCUAUUGCUUUUGUUCA